UAGAACUUUGACAAAUUAAAUGUGAUGACAGCACACUACACACCUCUUCCUUCCGGUGCUAACCCCCUGAAGAGAGAGAUUUCUGACUAUGUUCGGUCUGGCUUUAUUAACCUCGACAAACCUUCCAAUCCAUCUUCCCACGAGGUGGUUGCAUGGAUCAGACGCAUCCUUCGAGUGGAGAAGACUGGACACAGUGGCACUCUGGAUCCUAAGGUGACUGGGUGCCUCAUUGUGUGCAUUGAGAGGGCAACGCGGCUGGUCAAAUCUCAGCAGAGCGCAGGCAAAGAGUAUGUGGGAAUUGUCCGGCUGCACAACGCCAUUGAAAGUGAGGCUCAGCUUGCCAGGGCAAUAGAAACUCUGACUGGUGCACUGUUUCAACGACCACCUCUCAUUGCAGCUGUCAAACGACAACUGAGAGUCAGAACCAUCUAUGAGAGCAAGCUGGUGGAAUAUGAUCCUGAGAGAAGAUUAGGUAUCUUCUGGGUGAGCUGUGAAGCAGGCACAUAUAUCCGAACGCUCUGUGUUCACCUUGGUUUACUGCUUGGUGUGGGGGGCCAGAUGCAGGAGCUCCGCAGAGUGCGCUCAGGCAUCCUGGGAGAGAAGGACAACAUGGUGACUAUGCACGAUGUACUGGAUGCACAGUGGCAGUAUGACAACAACAAGGAUGACAGCUACCUGCGAAGAGUUAUCCUGCCGUUGGAGAAACUGCUGACCUCGCACAAGCGUCUAGUUUUGCUCUGCAAGGCUUUGGGAGCUGUCAAAGGAGCAGCACUGCUCCUUUCUGUAGUGGUAUCGUUCCUUGAAGGAGAACAGAUUGACUGUCACAGUUCUGCUGUUAAAGAGUUAAUGAACUCUCUGCCUGCUUCUGCAGCCAUUGCCUUGAUGACCACAGCAGUCAUUUCUACCUGUGACCAUGGCUUUGUGGCGAAGAUCAAGAGAGUGAUCAUGGAGCGAGAUACGUAUCCCCGCAAAUGGGGUCUCGGUCCCAAGGCCAGUCAAAAGAAGAUGAUGAUCCAGAAGGGUCUGCUGGACAAGCACGGGAAGCCCAACGAGAGCACACCAGAUUCCUGGAAGAAGGAGUAUGUGGAUUACAGGGAUACUUCCAAGAAAGAGGCAGCUGCUGUUCCCCGAGCUGUUUCAGAGCUGGAGAGGGCUCCAAAAAGGAAGCGAGAAUCGGAGAGUGAAAGUGAGGAGGCUGUGACCCCACCAUCCCCUGCCACCCCACCACCACAGGAGCUGAGCAAAAAGGAAAAGAAAAAGAAGAAGAAAGAGAAGAAGGCCAAAGAGGCAGCUGAAAGUGGGGAAGAGCAAAUAGAAGUGACCAGCGAGAUGAGCACCAAGAAGAAGAAGAAGAAGAAACAAAAGGCAGUAGAAGAGAGCUCGGAGUAA